ACAUCUACAGUCCCCACCACUUCCACAACUACGUCUGCUGUCUCCACCACCUCGACGACUAAAUCUGCAGUCCCCAACACUUCAAUGACUACUUCUCCAAUUCCCAUCAUCUCCACAACUACGUCUGCUGUCCCCACCACUUCCACAACUACUUCUCCGGUUCCCAUCAUCUCCAUGAGUACAUCUACAGUCCCUACCACUUCCACAACUACGUCUGCGGUCCCCAACACUUCCACGACUACUUCCCCCAUUCUGAUCAUCUCGACAACUACUUCUGCAGUCCCUACAACUUCCACGACUACGUCUGCUGUUCCCACCACCUCCACGACUAUUGCUCCAGUUAGCAUCAUCUCAACGACUACUUCUGCAGUCCCUAGCACUUCCAAGACUACUUCUCCAAUUCCCAUCAUCUCCACAACUACGUCUGCUGUCCCCACCAUUUCCUCGACUACUUCUCCAGUUCCCAUCAUCUCCACAACUACGUCUGCUGUCCCCACCACUUCCACGACUACUUCUCUAGUUUCCAUCAUCUCAACGACUACUUCUGCAGUCCCCACCACUUCCACGACUACUUCUGCAGUUCCCAUCAUCUCUACGACUCCUUCUGAAGUCCCGUCCACUUACACGACUACUUCUGCAGUCCCUACCACUUCAGAGACUACGUCUGCUAUUCCCACCACUUCCACAACUACUUCUGCAGUCCCCACCACUUCCACGAGUACAUCUACAGAACCCACCACUUCCACAACUACUCCCAUCAUCUCCACAACUACGUCAGCUGUCACCACCACAUCGACAACUACGUCUGCGGUCCCCAACACUUCCACGAGUACAUCUACAGAACCCACCACUUCCACAACUACUUCAACAGUCCCCACCACUUUCAUAACUACGUCUGCUGUCCCCACCACUUCCACGACUAAAUCUGCAGUCCCUACCACUUCCACGACUACGUCUGCUGUUUCCACCGCUUCCGCGACUACUUCUCCAGUUCCCAUCAUCUCAGCGACUACUUCUGCAGUCCCCACCACUUCCACGACUACUUCUCCAGUUCCCAUCAUCUCCACAACUACGUCUGCUGUCCGCAGCACAUCGACAACUACGUCUGCGGUCCCCAACACUUCCACGAGUACAUCUACAGAACCCACCACUUCCACAACUACUUCAACAGUCCCCACCACUUUCAUAACUACGUCUGCUGUCCCCACCACUUCCACGACUAAAUCUGCAGUCCCUACCACUUCCACGACUACGUCUGCUGUUCCCACCACUUCCACAACUACUUCUCCAGUUCCCAUCAUCUCAGCGACUACUUCUGGAGUCCCCACCACUUCCACGACUACUUCUGCAGUUCCCAUCAUCUCUACGACUCCUUCUGAAGUCCCGUCCACUUCCACAACUACUUCUGCAGUCCCUACCACUUCAGCGACUACGUCUGCUGUUCCCACCACUUCCACAACUACUUCUGCAGUCCCCACCACUUCCACGACUACUUCCCCCGUUCUGAUCAUCUCGACAACUACUUCUGCAGUUCCUACAACUUCCACGGCUACGUCUGCUGUUCCCACCACCUCCACGACUAUUGCUCCAGUUACCAUCAUCUCAACGACUACUUCUGCAGUCCCUAGCACUUCCAAGACUACUUCUCCAAUUCCCAUCAUCUCCACAACUACGUCUGCUGUCCCCACCACUUCCCCGACUACUUCUCCAGUUCCGAUCAUCUCCACAACUACGUCUGCUGUCCCCACCACAUCGACAACUACGUCUGCGGUCCCCAACACUUCCACGAGUACAUCUACAGAACCCACCACUUCCACAAGUACUUCAACAGUCCCCACCAGUUUCACAACUACGUCUGCUGUCCCCACCACUUCCACGACUAAAUCUGCAGUCCCUACCACUUCCACGACUACGUCUGCUGUUCCCACCACUUCCACGACUACUUCUCCAGUUCCCAUCAUCUCAGCGACUACUUCUACAGUCCCCACCACUUCCACGACUACUUCUGCAGUUCCCAUCAUCUCUACGACUCCUUCUGAAGUCCCGUCCACUUCCACAACUACUUCUGCAGUCCCUACCACUUCAGCGACUACGUCUGCUGUUCCCACCACUUCCACAACUACUUCUGCAGUCCCCACCACUUCCACGAGUACAUCGACUGAACCCACCACUUCCACAACUACUUCAACAGUCCCCACCACUUUCACAACUACGUCUGCUGUCCCCACCACUUCCACGACAAAAUCUGCAGUCCCUACCACUUCCACGACUAUGUCUGCUGUUCCCACCACUUCCACGAGUACUGCUCCAGUUCCCAUCAUCUCAACAACUACUUCUGCAGUCCCCAGCACUUCCACGACUACUUCUCCAGUUUCCAUCAUCUCCACAACUACGUCUGCAGUCCCUACCACUUCAACGACUACGUGUGCUGUUCCCACCACUUCCACGACUACUUCUCCAGUUCCCAUCAUCUCCACGAGUACAUCUACAGUCCCCACCACUUGCACAACUACCUCUACAGUCCCCACCACUUCCACAACUACGUCUGCAGUCCCCACCACUUCCUUGACUACUUCCCCCGUUUCGACCAUCUCGACAACUACUUCUGCACAUCAUCUCAACGACUACUUCUGCAGUCCCUAG